AUGUUCGGAUCUUCGAUGAUCCAAUAUUUGCUGUUUUUGCACUACGAUAGCCCCAUAUCCUCGUACGACGACCCUGAAAAUUGCAGCGAUGCGCCUCUCCAAACUUUAUGCGACAUUUCCAUCCUCCGCUUCUUCGGCUGUGAGAGAUGGUGGGGUAGAAGAAACCCGAUCGAAAAAUUGUCCUUUCCGAGACACCCGUCCACUCUCGGUGAAUUCUCUAUCCCGAAAUCCUCAGAAGACACCACGAACGAGGUAUCCGCAGAGCGAAGUGAAGCCAUCAGCCGACAGAGCACCUCUGCAACCCACCCGCCUCCCAUGCAUCUCCACACCCUCCUCAUCAACCUAGUUCCCCUCAUCAUCCUCAUCGCCCACAUCACCACUCCCCUCGCCCAGCCGCUAACCAAACGCACCAAACCCUUAACCCUCUCCGGCCUCACCCUCCGCGCCAUCCACCCCCUCGCCACCCUCCUCCCCCUCCAACUCGCCGCCUCCUCCCUCGAAGCCUUGUAUGCGACCCUCCACCACACCGCCGCCGCCGCGCUGUCCGCGAACCACCUCGCCGCCGCCACCCCCUCCUUCACCCUGACGUACGGCGGCGUCUUCGAGAUCAGUUUCGUGGCGGCCGGCGGGCGGGCGGUGCCGUGGGCGUUUGUGCGGGAUUUCGCCCUCGUGAUGCAGGUCUUGUCGGGGCGGGGGUACACGGGGUGUUAUGAUCAGGGCUACUGGGACGAGGGGGGGGAGUUUGGGGUGUUUGUCGGGUUGAGGCUCCUGGCUCCGUUGGGGUUGAGGGCGCGGGUUUGA